AGGGUGGCGCGUCACAUCUGGAGGAGGGAGCUAUUUGCAGCAUCAGUUGAUCUCAGCAUCAGUCAUCAGCGGGAUACUGGUAGUUUAACUCUGAAGAAUUCACCUGACAGUUUUUCUGAUGUGCCAUUCUCGGUUCCGCUUUGGAUUUUAAGGCCUCUUGACAGCAACGGAAGUGGGAAGUGUUGUGCCCACAUGGGCAGCGUUCUGGCUUUGUCUUCCGGUCCAGGCCACCAGAACUGGCCUUUCUCCACGGAGCCCCCUCCUUCUCGCUGGGACGCACACCCUGCUCACUGGGACAGCCCACCACGCUGGGAGAGGAGAGAUGGCCGCCUACCAAACCCAGGCAGCUUUCACUCUCUCCACAGGAGUUGCAAAGAUGUGUUCCCUCAACAGAUUGAGGGAGUCAAGAUGAUCCUCAAUAAAACUCUGAGCAGCUUCUUCAAGGUCAGUCACGCUCUCCACCUCAGUGCUGUCAGUCCUUCGUACUAUCGAUUCCACGUGGAGCAUCUGCAGUCUGAUGAUUACAGCAAGGACAAGGAUGCCCCAGCGCUGAUUGGCGAGAUGGACUCUUCAGGUAGUCUGAAUGCUCACGCUCUGCUGCAUCUCACUGAGCGUGUACGAGCCAGAACAGUGUUCCAGACUCAGCAGUCCCAGUUUGUCACGUGGCAGUUCGAAACAGAGUACAGAGGGAACGACUUCACCGCCGCUGUGACAGUAGCCAACCCAGACAUCCUCAGAGAGUCGGUUAUCCUUGUGGCACACUUCCUACAGAGUGUGUCGUCUGGGCUGGUGUUAGGAGGGGAGCUGGUUUACCAUCGUGGCCGAGCAGAGGAAGGAGGAAUUCUUACUUUGGCUGGACAGUACUCAAGACCAAACUGGGUGGCGACGCUAAAUGCUGGGAAAGGAGGUGCCCAUGCUAGCUACUAUCACAGAGCCAACAAACAGAUCCAAAUCGGGGUCGAGUUUGAAGCCAGCACCAGGACGCAGGAGACCACAACCUCAUUUGGGUACCAGAUGGAACUCCCAGAGGCCAACAUGGUGUUUCGAGGUAUGAUAAACAGUCGGUGUAUAAUAGGAGGGGUGUUGGAGAAGCGUCUGACUCCGCUCCCCGCCACCCUGAUCAUGGGUGCUUUUGUGAAUCACAGAGGAGACAAGCUGCAAGUGGGUCUCGGCGUCAACGUGGGAUAGUCCUCUACCAACCCAUGCUGGAAUUACAACUCACCGUCAGGACAUCCAUCCCGAGAUGUGUUUCAGCGGCUUGACUUGAACUUCCAAGUUUUAUCAGCCUGACUAAAAACCCUUCCCUCGAACAACCUGAGUGUCGUGGAUUGCUUGGAUGUCGAAGCCCACAAUGUUUCCAUAAAACGUUGCAACCUACCUCUCAGAACUGAGGUGACGUUUGGAUGGAUGAACAUUUUCCUGAAGACUGGAGAUGUUUUCCUGUCCCCCCCCCACAAAGCCAGAUUGCACAUCACCCUCUGGACAGUGAAAACAGGAAGGAGAGGAGCGUACUGUACUGUACUGAAAACUGAAAACAAAUACAAGUUUUAUAAUGUAGGUAGUCAUAGAGUAACUUAAUGUAUAUAUAGACUAUAUUGACAGAUAGUAGUGUUUUACCUGACCUUUCUGCCGGCCAUUUUCUAAAGCGCACAGUUGUUUGUAAAAUAAUACUAAUCAUUUUUUCUGUUUUCCAAACAGCCAUUGGUGUUCAUGCCAGUAGCAUUUGGAAAUCUUACAGAAACAGGAAAUCAUCUUGGGAUAGGCAAUAGAAAUGACCAAAUUUGUCCAUAUUGGCCUCCUGUUUUAGAUUUUGGUUUUAUUAAGCUCCAAAUGCAUCUGUCUCCUAAAUCUUCAAUUUGGGGGCUUCUGAUCGUUUAAAUGCACCAACGUCGAUGAAAAUUUCAGAAACAUUUGUCGAAUGUUUACUUAUCUCAGGCCAGUGUCUGUAAGCUUGCACAAAGCCUAAACGAUCAAUCCAAAAAAGAAGUGGUCGGCAGAAAUGUUAAAUUGAAUGAAAUGAUGCUGAAGUGUGCCAGUAUGAUCCUAAAAAAUGUGUGUCUGAGUAAGUGAUUGCGUGUUUGAUUGUGUGCGCGUAUUUUCUUUUUGCCAGCAUAAAGAGCUGUGUGAGAAUCUACACAUGAACAAACUGCCUGUCGACUGUAAGAAGAAAAGGUGCUUCUCCGUAUAUAUACUAACCUCCGGCUGAGGGAUGUGAGAGUAGCUCUGCACUGACUGUACUGAGCCAGGACUGUACUGUAUGUAUGUAUGUAGAUGGAAACACUUAACAUCUUUGCAACCUGCACUACUCACACUGCUUCUUGGCCUUUCCAGUGCUGUCUAACAUAAGAAAUGUUGCAUAUGUAUGAGUUAUGUUACAUUAUGUAACAUAAUCAUAGAUAGGAGUGGAAAGGAAUGACUGUCUUUUUUGACUUAAUUUAUUAAAGAUGUUAUUUCUAUCAAUUA